AUGGCCUAUUAUAGAAGAGGAGAUUCCAUCUUUGAUUCAUUCUCUUUAAGUCCUCUGCCAUAUCCAGUUCUGCUAAUCCUAGCGUUGACAUCGAUAUUUCUCGGAAUAUCAUGGUACGUGAACUAUGACUCAGUUUUGGAAACUGUCGAAGAGCAAAUGAGUUGGGUACUUUUUGCCACACCAGUAGUUUUGAUACUCUUAGCUCGUUGGCUGUCAUCUAUGGAAACUUCUGAUAUGCUAUUCGGUUCAUCGCCAUGGGAACGUCGCCGCCGGACUCAUCAUCUCCCUUCAGAGGGUACCUCACCAUGGGCUGUGGCUGCUUUCAUUGUGUUGCUGUUGAUUUUGGUGCAGUAUCAGUCAGUUUUUCGUGAGAGCUGGCUGUCAACUGGUACCUUUAUUAGAUCCAAGAUAAAAAAAUCAGCCCCCCCAAUAUUUGAUUCUGAGAAAAUUGAGUGGUAUAACCUUGAAGCUUAUGUUGUUUCAGUUCUUUCCUCAAAUAAACCUGAGAACUGUAUUUGA